ACAAACUUUUUGAAAAUUGAUCACCCUAUUGAAACCUUCGUGUAAUCGCUACGACUAAAUAAAACCAUUUACUUAGCGCGCCCGCCUCGCUAGUAGUGAACCGGACCUCGUCCAAGUCACCUCGUGCGAAGAAGUUCCCCUCCGAAAAGUGAAAAAUUGAGUCAUGAUUUCCCUUCCUUACCUCGCGUUGUACUCAUUUCUCGGGCUGGUGGGCUUCAGACUGUUGAGGUUAUUCAUUGAGGGUGGCCAAUAUCGCAAGCGAACCCGUUGCGAUGGCAAGGUGGUCCUGAUCACCGGGGCCAACACCGGAAUCGGAAAGGAAACGGCCCGUGAUCUGCUGAAACGGGGAGCUAAGGUCUACAUUGCAUGUCGAUCGCUGGAGAAGGCCAACCAGGCCAAGCAGGAGCUGGUGGCCGAAACGGGUUAUCCCGAUGUCCACGUGCGCCAGCUGGAUCUGUCCUCGCUGAAGUCAGUCCGGGAAUUCGCCGCCAAGUUUCUCGCCGAAGAACCCCGUCUGAACAUUCUAAUCAACAACGCCGGAGUGAUGGCCUGUCCGAAGGCCCUCACCGAGGACGGGUUCGAGCAGCAGCUUGGGGUGAACCACCUGGGACACUUCCUCCUCACAAACCUGCUCCUGGAUCGGCUCAAAUCGUGUGCCCCAAGUCGGAUCGUGAAUCUGUCCAGUAUGGCACACCGAUACGGUACCAUAAACCGGCAGGACCUGAACAGCGAGCGGUCCUACAACCAGGUGACGGCCUACUGCCAGAGCAAGCUGGCCAACGUGCUGUUUACGGGGGAACUGGCCAGGCGACUUGAGGGCACCGGCGUGACGGCGUACGCGGUCCAUCCCGGCACGGUGAACACCGAGCUUCCACGACACAUGGGAUCUUUGUUCUUCUUAUUUGAACACAAAUUUAUCAAGCCAAUUCUAAGCUUGGCGUUCAAAACUCCCCGCUCUGGAGCCCAAACUAGCCUGUACACAGCCUUGGACCCCAGCCUGCUUCGUGAAAGUGGAAAAUACUACGCUGAUUGUGGACCCCGAACACCGAGCAAGGAAGCUCUGGACAAAGAUACGGCCAAGUGGCUGUGGGAUAUGAGCGAAAAGAUGACCGGACUUUCGAGCAAGUCUUCCUAAUUUUGUUUUGUUAUUUUUUUUUUGUUUUUGUUGUUGAUGGUCAGGGACAUGUGAUAUCGCGCGGACAAGGAAAAAAACGAAACGAUCUACACUUGUCAAUAAAAUUUAUUUGUACAAUAAACUACAUAUAAUAACCACAAGAGAUGGAAAGAAAUAG